CUGGAUUGUCAGCUGAGGAGUGUGACGGCAUCUUAGAGGGCUCUUGAAACAAAGAUCCGGGUUUUAAAGAGGUAAACGGACGAGGGCGUCGUCUUCCAGCAGCACUGUCUUCACAGAUGUAGGCUUAAAGCUGCCGCUGAGGAUGGGUCUACCUGUGGACAGCCCAGACAGAAAUGAUGAUGCAUAUAAAUAUGAGCAGCCAGGAGAGGAAGAAGACAGUCGAAGCCAAACUGAAGCCUGCAGCAGCACGACGCCGUCCAUCAGCAAGAAGAGGAGGAAGAACAAGAGGAGACUGUGGAUCAACCUGACCAACUGCAAAUAUGAAAGUGUGCGCCGAGCGGCUCGUAGAUACGGACUCAGGGAGGCGAUGGAGGGUGAAGACUGGACGCUGUUCUGGACCGACUGCUCCGUGUCUCUGGACCGUGUGAAGGACAUGAAGCGUUACCAGAAAAUCAACCAUUUCCCAGGGAUGAGUGAGAUCUGCCGCAAAGAUUCACUGGCGAGACACAUGAACCGGAUGCUCAAGCUUUUCCCCAAAGACUACAACAUCUUCCCCAGAACGUGGUGCCUCCCUGCAGACUACAGUGACUUCCAAGCGUUCACCAGGGCCAAAAAGAGCAAGACGUACAUCUGUAAGCCAGACACCGGCUGCCAAGGCAAAGGCAUCUUCAUCACCAAAUCCAGUAAGGACAUUCCGCCUGGAGAACACAUGAUCUGCCAGGUUUACAUCUCCAGGCCUCUCAUUAUCGACGGAUACAAGUUCGACCUGCGUAUCUACGUUCUGGUGACGUCAUGUGACCCGUUCAGCAUAUUCAUGUUCAAGGAGGGACUCGCUCGCUUCUGCACCACGAAGUACAACGAACCGACACACGGCAACGUGGACGACGUGUGCAUGCAUCUCACCAACUACUCCAUCAACAAGAACAGCGAGAACUUUGUCCGUGACGAGGACACCGGCAGCAAACGAAAGCUGUCCACCCUCAACAAGCACCUCGAGGCCAUCAGCUGCAACACGGAGAAGAUGUGGAACGACAUCGAGGACGUGAUCAUAAAGACUCUGAUCUCUGCUCACCCCAUCCUCAAACACAACUACCACACGUGUUUCCCCAACCACACCACUGGCAGCGCCUGUUUCGAGAUCCUGGGCUUCGACGUGCUGCUGGAUCGCCGGCUCAGGCCCUGGGUGCUGGAGGUAAACCAUUCCCCGAGUUUCACCACCGACUCCCAGCUGGACCGUGAGGUGAAGGACGCUCUGCUGUACGACACUCUGGUCCUCAUCAACCUGGGCGCCUGCGACCGUCGCAAGAUCACCAAAGAGGAGAGACGCAGGGUGAAGGACAGGCUGCAGCAGAACCGCUCCAGGGAGGCCAGGUCGGAGGAGCUGCGUCAGUGCCAGGCGGCCACGGUGGAGCAGAUGGAGAAGUACGAGGCCAAACACCUGGGAGGCUUCAGGAGGAUCUACCCCAGAGAGGGAGGAGAGAAAUACGACAAGUACUUCAAACACAGCAGCUCGCUCUUUCAGGAGACGGCGGCGUCCAAGGCCAGAGAGGAGUGUGCCAGGCAACAGCUGCAGGAGCUUCGUCUGAAACAGGAGCAGAAGGAGCGAUACCAGAGGGGAGGCCAGAGGAGGGACUCUCAGGGGGAGACGGCGGGGGAGAAAGUCAAACCACGACGAUCCUCCGCUCAACCCCCCUCCUCUAACCGUGACCUGCCGCCUCCUCCUUUGGAUCCAGAAGCUGCAGGAGUGGAAGAGGAGGAGCAGCGAGGGGAGGAAAAGGAGGAGGAGGAAGAAGAAGUGGAGGAGAAGGAGCGACUCAACUCGCUGCUCCAGAGGAAGAAGCUGCUGGAGGAUCUGGGGGUGGUGGAGCUGAUCCAGCGGCUUGUGCAGGGCCGAGGCGAGGCAGGAGGAGUUCAGGACGGCAAGGAGGUCUGCAGCCAGCAGCAGAGCAAGCAGGCCAACCAGAGGCAGCAGCAGGCCAAGUUGGAUUCUUUGACGCAGUUUUCUCAGAGGAAGCAGCAGCAGCAGCCCUGCACUCAGACGUCACGGCAGCAGCGUCUGCUCCGGCCCUCCGUGGACCAGCGGAGCCUCAACGAGUCCACGGGCCAGCAGCACGACCCGGAGAACCACGGCAGGCCAGGGGAGGUACGACAGAGCAUCAGCACCCAGAGGAUCCCCUGGCCAGUCGGUGGCUCUCUGGCCGUCAGACAGGACAGCAGGAGCAGCUCCCAGGUCGACCCCCGGCCUCGGCCCGGCGUCCCCCUCAUAAACUACGCCCCUAAAGGAGGCCUGCGCUGCUCCUACACGUCCCACGACCCCACCGCCCUGCAGAGCCUCCUCGUCAUCUCCUCCCGCGCCCCGCUGCUCAGGAGGCCUGGACUGUCUCAGGCCGGCCGGAACGCCUCCCGCAGAGCCACCCAGCACGGAAAAGGCCAGUGAGGAGCCGGAGCACCGACUCCUGAAGUCGCCGAGCUCCAGACCGGCUGCAUCCGGACUCUGAAGCUGAUUUAAAGUACUUUAGACAAGCAGCAGGAUGUGAGCAGAGCUGGAGGUAGAGCAGCUUUGAACUGUGAAAAUGCAUAAACACACUGUGCCUGCGAUGAAUGUGUCCCGUUUGUGGAAAGGUUUUCUAUCCCCACACCUGCAGUUUACGCUGCCUGCCACUAAAUGACCUCCAGCACUGCAGGAGCAACAUUAAGGCUUUUUAAACUUUUUUUUUCUACUGACUGUGUGCUCAGAUUUAUGGAAUAAUUUACUCUGAGGAUGAAUCAUCUCCAACAAACCUCAGCUCCAAAGUGCCAAAAGAAGAGCAGACAGGCCUGAAGUCACAUCAAACCUGCACAGUUAACCUGAAAUAAACUGCAUUAUUAGAAUAAACUCACUGAUUGUUUGGUUUUCAUCAUCAAUUGGCUCAAACAAACCAAAUUUGGUUCAUGAUUAUUGAACUUUUCCUAAUAUUCAAUUUGAAAAAUCACUAAAGUGAAGGAUAUUAAAAAUAAAAACCUGUUGUUUGUUAUCUCAAGGAAUUUUAUUUGUGCAUUCAAGUAUUGAAACUAAUUUUAUUUGCACUGAUUAUUAAUAAAAUGUCUUUUUUAAGCUGA